AUGUCGUCAGGCCUAAGAGCCCCAUCAAAUUAUUCUGAAGAACCAUCUCGCCAUCCAAGUCUCACAGUAAAUUCCCAGGAACCUUACAAUGCAGAGCCACCACGUUCGGUGCUGUUAGCUUCCUAUGUGACCCCAGUAGAUUUGUUCUACAAGCGAAACCAUGGACCAGUUCCUGUGCUUGAUGAUAUCGAAAGAUAUCGAGUUUCUGUAUGUGGUUUGGUGGAAAAGCCUCUGCAACUGUCAAUGGCGGACAUCAGGAAGCUUCCGAAGCACACUGUGACAGCGACAUUGCAAUGUGCAGGUAACAGGAGGACUGCAAUGAGCAAAGUAAAGCCGGUGAAAGGUGUUGGGUGGGAUGUUUCUGCAAUUGGAAAUGCCAUUUGGGGUGGGGCUAAACUCGCUGAUGUUCUUGAACUUGUGGGAAUCUCCAACUUUACAUCAGUGUCACCCUUAGGAGGCAAGCAUGUUGAGUUUGUUAGUGUAGAUAUGUGCAAGGAGGAAAAUGGGGGACCUUACAAGUCUUCAAUUCCAUUAAUUCAAGCCUCAAAUUUGGAUGCUGAAGUUAUACUCGCAUAUGAAAUGAAUGGAGAGCCUCUAAACAGGGAUCAUGGCUUUCCUUUGCGUGUAAUUGUUCCUGGUGUGAUUGGUGCUCGAUCUGUAAAAUGGCUUAGUUCCAUCAAUAUUAUUGAACACGAAUGUCAGGGAUUUUUCACGCAAAGGGACUAUAAAAUGUUUCCACCUACAGUGAAUUGGGAUAAUAUAGAUUGGUCAACCAGAAGGCCUCAGAUGGAUUUUCCAGUUCAGUCUGUGAUUUGUUCUCUGGAGGAAGAAAAUAAAGUAAAGCCUGGAAAGAUUGUAGUUCAUGGAUAUGCAGUAUCUGGAGGUGGUCGAGGGAUUGAGCGAGUGGAUGUAUCGUUCGAUGGAGGCGAGACAUGGGUGGAAGCAAUCAGACACCAGAAGAGUACUGAAGAUCUAUAUGUUGCUGAUGAUACAAGUAGUUGUGACAAGUGGGGAUGGGUGCUGUUUAAGGCUGAAGCAGAUGUCUCUCAAACUACUGAAAUCAUCACCAAAGCAGUUGAUAUAGCUGGAAAUGUCCAACCCGAAAAUGUGGGCGUCAUCUGGAACCUGAGAGGAAUACUAAACACCUCUUGGCACAGGGUCCGCGUUGAAGUGAAGGAUCCUAAUUUAUGAUUCUCAAGCACCAAAAGCCUACCAGAAACCUGAACAUUUCAAUAAAUUUUACAUCACUACUAAAGAGUUUGUGCAAUUUCUGCAAUCGUUCCAUGGAACAGGUAAGAUUCAGACUAUGAAGUGUAAGAUUCAGACUACUAAAUCAA